UUGUUCAAGUGGAGUUGCCGUACAUUUCGCCCAAGCCAGACGAAGUUUGUUCAAGUGGAGUUGCCGUACAUUUCGCCCAAGCCCUUUUUAUGCUUUGCAUUCCUCUUAAAUACUCACCGAACACACUGAAGCCUCGACGCACACGACGUCUGUCCACACUCUACUGGAUUAAAACCUCCUUCGUCAAAAUCUUCCUGUCCGGCUAAAGUCGUCUCGUGCGCGUUGAAGCCUUUUGGCCUAGUUUAGCUUAGCGUGCUAGCUGCUAACAAAGAGACGUCUUUGCGAUAAAAACGUCGCCGAGCAGCGAAUCAAGUGUGAGCGCAAAGCGUGUCGAAAUGUGCGCAAGAAGGACAGCGAACUACGAGGAAGAACUUUUGGAACCAAAAGAGGAGGACGAGCCGACACAGCAACUACUGUAUUCUGUUUUUGAUCACAACCGAUUUGGGUUACCCACAGCAGAUCUCAAUGAAGAUCCUUGUCCAGAAUCCCAUCUCAUUAAAAAGGAAGUGGCGAACGAGGAGGUCCCCCAAAUCAAAGAAGAGGAAGAGGAAGAAGAUAUCACCAAGUUGUCAUUCAUUGAAGUCCCUUUAAAGUGUGAAGAUGAAGGUCAGAGUGAGGAGGACAGAGUGGCGGAGUUUCCAAGCAGCAGCUUAAGUCAACACAUGACAACAGAGCAUGAUGGGGAUCACUGUGGAGGACCAAAAACAGAGAGCCUCUUAGCUCCACUAUCAGAUGACGACGUAACGUCACAUUCUCCGGACACUGAUGAUGAACACUUUCAAGGCGAUAUGACAUGUCAUGCUGACGACAAACCCUGGGGAUGUUCUCAAUGUGGGAAAAGUUUUACUUAUAAGAGGGGUUUGAGACAACACAUGAGGAUACACACUGGAGAAAAACCUUUUGCGUGUUCAGUUUGUGGUCAAAGGUUCUAUAAUAAAACAAAUCUCGGAAAUCACACAAGAACGCACACUAGGGAGAAACCCUUUCCCUGCUCCGUUUGUGAUCAAAGAUUUUCUCUGAAGACCAACUUGGAAAAUCACACAAGAACACACACUGGUGAGAAACCUUUUUCCUGCACAGUUUGUGGUCAAAGAUUCUCUCAGCAGGGAGCCUUGCUAUAUCAUUCAAGAACACACACGGGCGUGAAACCCUUUUCCUGCGUAGUUUGUGGUCACAGAUUCUAUAGAAUGGGAGACUUAAAAAUACACACAAGAAUACACACUGGGGAGAAACCUUUUCCGUGUUCAGUUUGUGACAAAAGAUUCUCUCGGAAGGGACAUUUACAAACACACAUACGAACCCACACUGGUGAAAAACCAUUUGCUUGCUCAGUUUGUGGGUAUAGGUCAUCUGAAAAGGGGAAAUUAAGAAGACACACAAAAACCCACACCAGAGAAAAAAAAUUUUCCUGCUCAGUUUGUGGUCAAAAAAUCUCUAAAAAGGCUCAUCUAAAGAGACACAAAUGUGUAGGUGAAAAUCGUGUUGAUCAAUGAAGGUUUCACCUCUCAAUUUGGAGGUUUAAAUCAAUUCAUGCACCAAGGAGGAUCGUAAACUUUGGACAUUCCGAAAGGUCUUCUGUAUAGACUCUUGAUCAAACACUUGUAGCAAUACAUCUGAUAUACGUCAUACAUACAUCUUUAACCAGUUUUGGUAAUGUGCAUAUCAAAUUAACUCUUGGUUAAUUACUGUAAACAAAAACUUGUCUCUUAGUGAUAAAUUCUACAGUAUAUGUGAAACUAAAUAAGAUAGACAUCUUGUCAUGUAUUAUUUAACUAUAUUUCUAUGUCGUGUAUUUGCUUUUAUUUUGCUUUGAUAUUAGCUGCCAGGUCAGCAUGAGAAAUAAGAAUAUGUUCUCAGUUGCCUUACCUGAAUAAAAGCUAACAUUUUG